CUCAGAGUGUGUGUGUGUGUGAGCUCAGAGUGUGUGUGAGAGCUUCACCAAUGACCAGCUGAAAACAACCACUGCUCCGACUCUGAUCUGCGGGGGUGGGAGCACACAAGUUCGGAUUUGGACUUUUUUUUUUUGAAAACCAUGGGAUUCGAGUUGGACCGCUUCAAGGGGACCGUGGACCCGGACUUCAAAUGCAACUUGUGCAACAAAGUGCUGGAGGACCCGCUGACGACUCCGUGCGGCCACGUCUUCUGCUCCGGCUGCGUGCUGCCCUGGGUGGUGCAGCAGAGCAGCUGCCCCGUCAAAUGUCAGCGGAUCUCCGCCAAGGAGCUGAACCACGUCCUGCCGCUGAAGAACCUCAUCCUGAAGCUGGAGAUCAAAUGUGACAACCACGCGCGGGGCUGCGAUGCCGUGGUGAGGCUGCAGCAUCUGGCCGAGCACGCCGAGAUGUGCGACUACAGCCCGGCCAAGUGCCGGAACCGGGGAUGCGGCGAGGUGAUCAACCUGCGGGACGUGGACGCUCACGCGCGGGAGACGUGCGACUACAGGCCGGUGGGGAUCUGCGAGGGCGGCUGCGGGCUGAUGCUCACCCACAGGGAGCAGACGUCGGGCGGCCACUGCUGCCUGGGAGCCCUGAAGGCGCACAACAGCGCGCUGCACUGCAAGAUCCUCAGCCUGGACCGGGAGUUCAAGAAGCAGACCAUCAAAGCCAACAAGAGGGAGAAGACGCUGCUGGCGCAACUGUCCUCCGUGCACAGCGAGCUGCAGAUGACUGCGCUGAAGUAUCAGAAGAAAUUCACCGAGUACAGCGAGAGGAUCGACUCCCUCACCAAGACCGUGGCUUUCUCCUGCAAGGAAGGCGAGACUAAAAGCAUGACGGUUGUCCUUCUUCGUGAGGGCGGAUCUCUGGGUUUUAACAUCAUAGGAGGAAGGCCAUGCGCGGAUGAUAAUGACAGCACUUCAAAUGAAGGCAUCUUUGUAUCCAAGAUCGUCGAGGAUGGUCCAGCGGACAAGGAAGAAGGCCUUCAGAUCCACGACAGAAUAAUAGAGACCUCAACCACAUCCUGGGAGCAACAGGGAGCAGAGGAGGGGUGGACGACAAGGGGCCGUUAAAGAUAAGAGUGUUUAUGCUGACAUUGUGGGGGAAGUUGUAGACAUCCUUAUCACGAACAAUGAACAGAGACAACAACGGAAUGAGCCAA